GGAGAAUCCGAAGCUAUCGUCGCUGCAAAACUGGGAGUGUCCAGCGUCCCGCAGGCCUUGAAAAGCCAACACGAAAACUGGCAGGCGCUUGUCAACUACGCGAAAUGGCAAAAAAAGUAUUUCGCACAGUUUGGUACGGGUUACCAAAAUUUUAAAAGGACCCAGAAUGAGGUGGCGCGCUGGGCUGUUGAAGGUCGAACCGACGAGUGGGUCGCUCGAGUGCUGGGAAUGUCGAAUCUGUCGAAGGACCGGUACAAGUUUCACCGGAACUACAAGGUAUUCGAGAUGUUUCAGGAGCAAAAGAAGGCCUUCGAGAAUUUACUCAAGAGGCACGUGGCGAGGCGGAACGGUCGAGCAUAA